AUGCCUGCUCCGGUGGUCAAAGGCAUCCUUAUCUCAAUCUCCAUAAUCACCGCGCUCGGUGUUGCCGUCCUCGAGAACCCGCAGGUGCAGGCAUGGCUCGAACAGCAGCGGCAGAAGAUCGCGGAACUCCUACGUUCGAUCGGGCACGAACUUGACCCGCAGAGUAGACGGGCGGCAGAAGCAUUUGCUUAUGAAGGGCGAACGCCAACAACGGAUGCUGGGCUCCAGCGUGAACUCAGUGGGAGUAAGGAAGCGGCGGCGGUAGCGACAGGCAGAAAUGUCUCGUCACCAAGCACUAUUCGCAGGAUAGCCAUCAAAGGACCCGCGGAUCCUGAUGAAGCGGAAGAGCGUAGACGGAAAGGAAGGGAGUACCUUGCGAGGAGGAAUCAGCAAAUGUACGAGAUGAACCAGAGGAAGCAGGCAACGACACCCGAACAGUCGCCGCCGAGUCCGACUUCGUUUGAUUCUAUGGUGGAUAACGAGGGCAAGCUCAGGCUGUCCGAGUCUGAGAAAGAGCUGCCAUCGCCACCCACCUUCGACCCAGUAUCAGAUGCUGUCAAAGCAGAGAUGCGGCAAGUUGAGCGAAGUCUGGAACAGCCUCUUCUGGAAGGUGAAGCAAGCUCAUCAACCGCUGGCGCCAGUAGAUGGUCAUUCGGUUCGCUGCUUGCCAAUCCGUUUGGCGAUGAACAUGCACUGGACCGAUCGGAAACUCCAAAGCCUCCCGUACCUCCGAAGGUAGCGUUGGAGACUCCAGAGGACCCGCCCACCAGUACCCUUCCUGGAAGCUUCACUCCACGUCAAGCUUCGCCGCGGCCAGAGCAGAGGGGCGAAGAGCUAUCCUAUGAGGAGCAACUCGCCAUCGCCCUGUCUCUGUCUGAGGAGGAAGCUUUUCGUCCAGCAAGCCAGAGCAAAGGAAACCAGGAUGACCCGGAACUGCGUGCGGCAAUCGAAGCCAGCCUCAAGGAAAUGAGGGAGCGCCAAACUACUGCGGCGGAACCGCGCGCAGUUGCAGAUGUCGAGAACUCGCAACCGCUUGUAGAUCUGACGCCACCGAGCCCAACUGUUCGGCCUCAGCAGCCGGUACCGCGAGGUCGGUGGGAGACCAUCUUCGACCAUCAAUACUCCCCCAGCCACGAACCUCUAUCCCUAGCAUCGCAGGCUCCCCAGCAGGACGAGGAAGAUGAGCUUUACCGCGUCACCCCGGAGCUGACGCACGCUCGUCUCGCCACGCUCAACAGCCAGCAAAUCACGCCACCGCACCCAACGUCCUCAUCUAUGCCCUACGACCCUGUCAGAGAAGCCGCAAGCCAAGCAACGAACGAACAGCAAGCCCCACUCGAAGCUAGCUUCUACUCCGCGGCAUCCUCAGCACCCUCUCCUGCGUCCACACGCACGGUGGACUACGAGCCUACUCCACAGCUCGUCGACAUUAGCGAAGAAACACCGGAAGGUGCACGCACACCCACCUCACACUCCACCUUCGCCUUCCAGACUGAUACCGAGUCCGACUCUGAUACAUUUGCAUCUCUAUCAGCACCAGCUUCUCGAGCGCAGUCCCGGCCACGGAGCGAGAUGUCCGAGGUAGAAGUCAUCGACGUUGCCGAAGAUAGCGACGUAGAUAUGCUCUCCGAGGAAGGCGACGGCGUCGCGACGCCGGACAGCUGGACGGAGGUCGGUUCGAGGGAUGGUGACAGUGAGAUGGAUGAUGAAGAUGAGCCGCGGUGGGUGGCAAAUCAUUAA